CAUAGUAGCACCAUAUACUCAAGCUUGGGAGAUUAGCCUAUGACAUUCUCGUAGACUGUCUAUAAGAAUACAGAGUACCGAAUACCCCAUUUUUAAUUCUAGCACCCAACAUCAUGUCGGCAUUCAAGAAAGAGAAAGACGUCAAUUCGCCACUUCUCAGUCCAAUCACCAAAACCCCAAACACUGCACAAGUCCAUUUUACAACAGCCACAGCCGACUACGCGGAUCCGCGGGCUUCAACUUCGACCAUGGAAACCCUGACCGAUCAAAGGCGCAGUCCUCCUAGACUCACGACCCCCCAAACACCAGACCUUGGCCCUCGAAAAGCGGAUACGAAUAUGUCAUGGGGCACGCCUUUGGGUCUUGGUGUCCGCAAAGAGACCGACGAGGCCCUCAUUAUUUUUCGCAAAGCAUUAGGUAUCAACUGGGCCAAAAGCACAGCCGACGGUGCGUCGCUGGAAGAGGGCAGAAAGACCGCCGGUGGCAUAUACAAAUCCGUCAUUGAUGCACAGACCAAGAAACGUAUUCAAUAUGAUCUAUUGACAGCGUUGCUAUAUGUGUUGUACUUCUCACAGGUUGUCAUUGGGGCCGCAUUGACGGCACUCGGCCCCAAUGCGGCCAAUUACACGAGGCAAAUCACAGUGUUAGGCGCCGUCAAUACCAUCGUUGCUGGCGUACUGGCGCUCAUCAAAGGGUCGGGACAGCCGCAGCGUCUUGGUAAAGAUCAAAUUGGCUAUAGAAGGCUUCAAGAUUGGAUCGAAGAGACCGAAGCGUUGCUGGCAGUUGGUGUGAUAGGAAAAGAUAAGAGAGAGGUCGGACUGCUUGUCGAGGUAGCUUUCAAGAAAUACAACGCCGCUAAAGCGAACGAAGUCAACAACAAGCCCGACUUCUACGUUACCCAAAGCGAGGAGCCAACUUCGAGUUCGUCCCGACCGAAUAGGAAGUCAACCACGAAUUAA